GUCUGUCUGUCUGUCUGUCUGUCUGUCUAUCUAUCUAUCUAUCUAUCUAUCUAUCUGAAUACGAACUGUGGUAGAGCAGCGCCAUCUCAUGGACGGAAUCCACUACUACAGCGCGCCUCGCAGCGGUUGAAGAAUUCAAGGGCGGAAUCGAAUGUAUCCCAGUUUCCUUUUUCGACACUUUGUAACCCACUUUCAGCGCGUCACAGUAGGUCAGAAUCUUCCCUUCUAACAGAAACAUCCUCAGACUUCGACGGGCAGGACUUGUUAGCUUUCCCCUCCCCUCUAAACAUUUCAAACAAAACUUCCACUCCAUCGUCCAGUUUGAUGCGAACACCACUUGGACUCUUUUUCUCCCCCCUCCCCAAAAAAAAUUCCCUGAUCCCCGGUCAGUUCUCUCCUGUAGGAUAAGCAAUACGAUCUGCUCCCCAACUCCGUUCUCUAUUUUUGUGCUUCCUUGUGCUGCCAAGCCCCUGACGUAAUGCUCCGUGUUAAUUAUUAGCAUGUGGGAAGCGAUGCCGAGACUCUCCUCUGCUGCUUAAACAAGAGCGACUGACUGCGGGGAGAAAAACCUCGUCAAGAUGGCCAAACACACUGACCCAGAGUGAAGGGGCACCGCUCCCCGUCCCGUCCAAUCCUGUCCUGCGACCAGCACCCAUGCAACUGCGCCUUUAGAAAGAAGAUUUUCUCUGUGGACAAUGCCAUCAAGACUAAAGCUGGACAGUCACUGUAUGCAGGAGGAAAGCUGAGGAACGUCUUGUAAGCCCCAAGUGGCCAGAGGGUUGGAGAGCUCCAACGAAUACCAUCUCAAAAUCUUCAAACAGGGAUUCCCUACCACUAAACCUAACUCCGAAACCCAAGAACGAAGAUGCGAUACAUUGGUACCCACUAGCAAAUCUCAUCUCAAAGGGCUGUUUUUUUCUGUCAAACCUCAAGUGAAGGUGAAAGCAUUUUUGGAUACAUCUGCGUGGUGAUUCUCUAGUGAGCUGCGAAGCAUUGUCAUUGGGUUGUGGCCAUCUCUAUCUCUCGCUCUCAAAGAACCCAAUCGCCAAGUCUUGGUACCGUGAGCCUGCCCACCAGAUCAUGAUGUUUCGUGACCAGGUGGGAGUCCUCGCCGGCUGGUUUAAGGGAUGGAACGAGUGCGAACAGACGGUGGCGUUAUUGUCGCUCCUCAAGCGGGUCAGUCGGACCCAAGCACGCUUCCUUCAACUCUGUCUGGAGCAUUCCUUGGCUGACUGCACCGAGCUGCAUGUUCUGGAAAGGGAGGCCAAUAAUCCAGUGGUGAUCAGUCAGUGGCAGAGUGAGUCGAAAGAACGCGUCAUCUCUCUGGUUCUGACCCACCUGCCUCUCCUUAAACCGGGCAACGUCGAGGCCAAAGUGGAGUACAUGAGUCUCCUGCCGAAGAUCUUGGGCCACACCAUUGAACUUGGUCGGCACUUAGAGGAAAGCAGGCAGCUUCUGUCCUACGCCCUCAUCCACCCUGCAACCUCCCUCGAGGACCGGGGGAACCUCGCCCUCUGGCUCAACCACCUGGAGGAGCGGGCGGCUGCCCGAGGAGCCGGAGAUUCCCUUGAGCGUGCGCCUCCACACCUCUAUCCCCACCAGCAGCGCUAUGAGUCGGAUGGCCGUCUCAACGGGUGGCAGGGCUCGAGGGACUCUGGACUGGGAAGUUGGCAGCAUCAGCAACAGGGCUGCGAAAACGGGCACCUCUCACUGUACCCAUCAUCCUCCGUGCCCUCCACUAUCAACGCUGUAGGUACAGGCAGUGGGACCAACACAAUCCUGUCGGGUGGGCAGCACAGUCCUCUGAGGCGUUCAGUGUCUCUGACCCCUCCGAUGAGCGGCGGAUCUAACCAGCCUCUGGGGCACGGAUGGCUCUCCCAGGAGGACCUGCGUCCCCGCGGGCCGGCCCCCGACCACGCCCCCAUCUCUCCUCAGAGCAGCGUGGCGUCCUCGGGCAGCGGAGGCAGCGAGCACCUGGACGAACACGCUGCUGUCCGAAGUACAUUCCAUGAGGAGGGCAGCGGGAUGAGGGAUGUGCCUUCAUGGCUGAAGAGUCUCCGUCUCCAUAAGUAUGCUGGGCUCUUCUCCACCAUGACCUAUGAUGAGAUGAUGUCACUGACGGAGCAGCAGUUGGAAGCUCAGCAAGUCACCAAAGGGGCACGGCACAAGAUCAUCAUCAGUAUUCAGAAGCUGAAAGACAGACAAAACAUGCUACGUUGUUUGGAGAAGGAUAUUUUGGAGGGAGGGAAUCUACGUGCUCCUUUGCAGGAGCUCCACCAGAUCAUCCAGUCGCCCAUUAAAGCCUGCAGCACAGAGGAGUCUUCACAGCGCCACCUGCUGAGUGCAGAGGGGAAGAGCAGCAUCGCCACUUCCCACCUGGGCGGAGGAGAGACGGAGGGCAGCUCCACGGUCAUAGCUGAGGGAGACAUCCCCGCUCAGUUCACUCGCGUCAUGGGCAAAGUUUGCACACAGCUUCUUGUCUCCGGAUCAGAUGAGGAGAACAUUAGUUCCUACCUACAGCUUAUUGAUAAGUGCCUAAUCCAUGAGGCCUUCACAGAGACGCAGAAGAAGAGGUUGUUGUCAUGGAAACAGCAGGUGCAAGUGCAGUUCCGGUCAAUUUCACGGAAAACUCUCCUUGACCUAACAGGACAAAGAAGAAGUCGUUAUGGUCAGUCUAACUCCCUCCCAACCACGGGCUGCGUAGGCAGCAGCGUUCCCACCCGGAGGAACCUGCGGCAGUAUCAGAUGCGGAGCUUGCCUGGUGUAAGACCCAUCCUUUUGGGUACCACCGGCCUGUUUGGACCAACCCCCCGAAGCAGCAGCAGCACUCCUACCGGCCUGAAGCAGGGAAGACAGGGUUUGUGGUUUGCCAAUCCAGGGGGCAGUAACAGCAUGCCCAGCCGUACCCACAGCUCAGUUCAGAGGACCCGGUCGCUACCCGUCCACACCAACCCACACACCAUGGCCAUGUUCCAGCAAACAGAUUUACAGGUGCCUGUGACUGAGCCUGACAUCAAUAACCGUUUGGAGUCUCUGUGUCUCAGCAUGACUGAACACGCUCUGGGAGAUGGCGUUGAUCGAACUUCAACCAUCUGAGAGAA